AUGAAGACCACUACUGCUCUUCUCUCUCUGUGGUUUUGGGUAAAUUCUGCCAUCAAUGCUGUUCAAACAGGUAAAUGACAGAGUGGAUAUUACACUGGGAGAGAGGAUGGAAUACGAAAUUAUUUUGUCUUUAAUGGAGGCUUUUAUGUGGUUGAAACACCGAAAAGAAGGAUGUGACAAACCUGUGAAGAUUUCGUCCCGUCUGUUAGGUUCAAAGUGUGGGAAUCCUCAACCAUGGAGCCCAAUGGUUCACUUCUUAAGGGUGGUUGGAGGAACUGAGGCCACAUAUGGAUCCCAUCCAUGGCUGGUAAUUGAUCAAUGUCUCAUCUUAUAACAUUUGUAACCUUUUUUUUUUCUUUAAUAGACCGCUGGAAGUAUUUGUGUCACCUGUGAUGCAGCAACACUGAUUCUUCACAUGAUAUUCUGUUAAAAGAAGUUUUUUCUGACUUAGAGAAUUAUACCUGCUUCACUCUCUAGUCGUAUAUGUAAUGUACUACCUAUUAAAUAGCAUGGACAUGGUGCUACUCUUUUUAACCAUGGCACUGAUAAUGACAAAUUUUGAGUAUUUUUUUGUAAUUUAUUUAGUAUUUAUUUUUCCUGCCAUCAACUUGCACCAGACAUGUUAGAACUGUACAUUCAUAGAAAUGUAUGCUUAUUAUUAAAAUCACACUAACCAAGGUGGUUAUAUGACACUGCCGUAUGGCUGGUCAUGGCCUUUGCCAAUCAUCCAACCCAACGACUGUCUCCCUUGGAACCUCAUUAAGGUGUCUGGGUUGUUUACUAUCACAUAAAAAUUGGUGGGGUCUCCUAAAGCAAAAGUAGUCCAUGGAAAACCCAGACUAAGAGCAAAUUGUAGACUCUUGAUGAAUCUGCUUUGGCAUAGAUCUGGCUUGAAGCUGGACAGCAAGGAAAAGCUUGCAAGUGUAGCAAGCUAGCAAGUGAAAGCCAGCAGAAUCCAAAAACUAAACACACAGGAGAAAACACAGCAGAGCCAGGAGGACCUCCACAGGGACACAGAGAGGUUACGAUGGCAAUCUGACGUAAAAGGAAGCAAGCAAGUAAGCAUGAGACACAGGUCAGACAACAAAGCACAGUUGACGACAAUGAAGGCCCACAAUCACAAAUAGAGAGUAGACUUAACUCUGCCAGUAAAUGCUGCACAUGACACCCUACAUGACAGAUCAUGGUUCUGUGUGAAGAGAUGCUUUUCAACCCUAUAGAGAUUGUUAAAACAGGAGUCUAAGCAUAAGAGUCAGUGUGUGUCUAUAAUGCUUGCCUGGAAAUGAAUUUUUUUGCAACAUAAGUCCCGAAAACUGUGGAAAGAUUUUGCACUUUCGUUAAUGGGACAAGCAAAAAAAAAGAGCAAUUAUUGGAGUUGAAGGAAUGUUUGAUGUAGAUGUGCUCCGUGUAUAUAAUAUCACAGUAGUAUUAAUAGUAUUACUUAUUUGAAGUCUUUGAAGAAUCUCAUCUUAAUGUACACACCCUGGCAGUAGCCCCAGUGACCCUUUCAAAAUGUCCCAGAGGGAAUUUUCUAGUUCUGAUUUAUGAUGAUAAAGGAUGAAUGACAUGCUCAUUCUGCUAAAGCUGACAUCUGUAUCUACAUUUAGGUUUCGCUGAAAUACAGACGCUCUCAUUUCUGCGGAGGAGCUAUCCUGACUGAUCGCUGGAUACUGACCGCUGCACACUGCUUUGUGUCGCUCUCUAAGUACCAUUCUUACUUUUGUAUCUUUAUUCCCCUUUUUUCAUGCUAAUGUGUUUCCAUAAUAAGAAUAUUACUGCCAAGGAUAGCUGCAACAUCUCUAAACACUUUUCUGCUUUAUCUAGAGAGUAUCUAAGUGGUGUGAGAGUGGUGGUGGGAGAGUUUGACCAAAGAAUAAAGGAUGAAGAGGAGCAGGUCUUCUUCAUUGAGUCUGUCUCAGUUCAUGAAAAGUACCAUCAUGCUUUGCCCAUGAGCUAUGACAUAGCUCUGAUAAAGCUGGGACAACACAUUCGACUGGGCAGGUUCCCCUGUUGAUGAUCAGUAGGCAAUAGUUUCUGCAUUAAUGAGAUAAAAAUAAAUAAAAAACAUUUUGUUAAUCUCGCUUUUGUCAACAGGAACCAGAGUCCAGCCAAUAUGUCUUCCUUUGCCUGAUGACAGUGCCACACACACAGGUUGCAUUGUGGGUGGAUGGGGCAGGAUACGGGAAAGUAAGUAGUUCCUUUGCUCCUUAGUAUUAUUAAAGUAAAGUAAAGUAAAAGAACCUUUUUGUUCUUUUUUUUCUUGUAAUUGUCUGUUUACCCAGAGGGCCGCCUUCCUGCAGUACUGAGACAGGUCCAGUUAGACCUGGUGGAUCCAGCCAAAUGUAAACAUGUCCUUCAGACUGUUAAAAGUUCAGUUCUUUUCCAAAGACUAGCAUGGCCCCUUUCUGCCAUGACGGUUCUGUGUGCCGGUCCAGAGAGAGGAGGGAGAGAUGCCUGCCAGGUGAGAAAAAUAAACACUGUAACUCACGUUGUCUCAUUCUACACUCUGCAAUCUGGUUUAGUCUGAGUUCACAGAAGCAGAGAUGUUUCCACUAAAAGUACAAUAAAAUGCAUUCUCAGUACCUUUAGAUGGAUUAAACAUGCUUUUUCUGCUCUGUCAUUCUUUCUUCAGGGAGACUCAGGAGGUCCUCUGGUAUGUCCGACAAGUUCAGGCAGCAGUCGCUGGAUAGUGCUGGGUGUAACUUCCUGGGGGAAGGGAUGUGGUAGGAGCUGGGGAAACAACAAAAGCCACUCCCCUUCCAGAAGAGGAUCUCCUGGUGUUUUCACUGAUGUCAGGCUGCUGCUGCCCUGGAUUAAACACAAACUGAGAGAGGGUGGGAUAAAAUCAAUCGGGCUAAUUAUCUGUUAGGAAACGCUAUAAAGAAAACCUGAUGGUACAACAUUCCCAUUUAAGUCUCUGUGUCUCCUGGGCACAUGCAUUUGAAUUCUGAACUAAAUUUCAUGUUCAUUUUAGCAUAAAUUACUCAAACCACAGACAUAACAUUGACAUACCGGCCCUGUAGAGUGAAUGAGCUUCAUGAGAGCAAGUUCCUUUCCCAAAUCUCAAGAAAAUACAGAACAAUAUUAUCAUAAAGUUUGUGUUUCAUGCUGAUUGACAAAUGUAGUUUUUAUUUACCUUCAUUUUACCUCUGUUUUUGGAGCCUAACAAAACUCUUGCAUUAUGUCACAUUUGCCUCUUCAAUGAUGGUAAAGAAAUCAAGAAAGGGAUUUUUCUUAUCUUCUUGUGUUGUAGCUUCAGCUGAUGAGCAACAGCAGGGAACAACUUCGAGUGAGUCACAGCAAUUCUUUUUCAUCUAUGUUUCCCAAAGAUUCUCUGGUGUUCUCAGGGUUCAGAAUGUGUGUCUCUUCCACAUCGUGUGCGUGUGCGUGCGUGUGUGUGUGUGUGUGUGUGUGUGUGUGUGUGUGUGUGUGUGUGUGUGUGUGUGUGUGUGUGUGUGUGUGUGUGUGUGUGUUGUGAGUCAGGUCUCUGCAGCAUGACAGAUGGGCCUGUAACUGACAGCAAGGGGGUAAUCAGAAACCCUGCCCUCCAUGCUAAUCACUAUGACAACAACCAGUGAGUGACACGCUAAUAAAGCAAAAGAGGAUUUAUGAUAAUUGGUUGUAGCUGUGCUUUACCUGAUGCUCAGUAAUGUAGUUUGAAUGAGAACAAAUGUUUCACACCCAUGCUCUCUUUCUGGGAGUCAGGAUCAAAAUAAAUGACAAACAAUUGUCUUAAAAGCUUUUAAUCUUUUUAAUCAUGCUUUUUAAGGACAUUCAAAUUGUGUGUUUCUUCAGGUUGUGUGUGUGGAGAAUCAGUGUCCCUCCUGGUCAUAGCAUUCUGCUGGAAUUUGAUCAUUUUGAUCUGGAGUAUGAAUCUCAGUGUCUAUACGAUCGGCUCACUGUUUCAGUCGGGACUCAGCGGCCUGUUGGUGAGUUUUAAAAAGAGGUGAGGACAUGAUCAGCCUCCUUUGGCACAUAGAGCGGAAAUAAAGGGACAUGGCCAGUCCAGCUUUUGCAAAUUUGAUAUGCACUUUACAAGUUGUUUUAUUCCACAGUGAGUUUUCUGACGUACUCUCAAAUUGAGUUAAACCUUUAGCUUAUGAGGUUGUUGCAUUUUUGAUGUUAAAGCUUUUUUCUAGUGUCUAGCUGUGCAACUGUAACCAACCUUUUUAAUAUUCCUGACUCCAGGUCGAGACUUCCUGUUGAAACCUGGAGUUUUUGUCUCACUUAUGCAGAAAAAAAACAAGAGAACCUUCUUAAAAGGAUAAAUAAAUUGAGAAAACAAUUAUUUGACAGCCUUAUCUGAAAAACAAGAGUUCUUAUUGUUGUCAGGGAUACUCUGUGGAAGUGCUCUACCUGGUCCAAUUCUCCUGAAUAAUUCCCAAAAUGCAACACUCCUCUUUUCCUCUGACAUCACCCAAGCAGGAAGUGGCUUUGUCAUGAGGUAUCGUGCUGUCCAGGAACACUUUGAUACAGGUGGGAAACACAGUAGUUAUAAAUGCACACACAUGCGCACACACAUAGAUACUAGGGGUGGGAAUCACUAGUGGCCUCAAGAUACGAUAUUAUCAUGAUAUUUGGGCCAUGAUGCGAUAUUGUUGUGAUUUUUAACAUUUUGUUAUAGAGUGAGUAUUGCUACACAAUAUAUUGCGAUUUAUAUAUAUUUUUUCAACUGUUUAGCUAAUUUAGCAUUUGUCUUUCCUUUAUGUUUGUCUUAUUUACACUGUAUUUUGUUUUCAUGUCGGACAUCUUGCAAACCUUAUAUAUAUUUGUUGCACUAACUUUCUCCUGCUCUGUGAUGUCAUUUGGUAAAUCAGACAAUACGAUAUAUCACCAGAGAAAAUAUUGCAAUACUAUGCUAUAUCGUUUUUUUCUCCCACCCCUAAUAGACACUGACUUCCUGGAUUUCUGCAUGGAAAACAAGAUAUUGCAGUAUUUGCAAUAUAGAAAAGACAGGCUGAUAUUCAUUCUAGUUUGUUUCUUUGGUACAUGCUAAAUCAGUCACCUGCUGCUACCUCUGUUGACUGUGGAUCUUUUAGCAACCCGUAAAUUGCUCAGGCAUAUAUCCCAUGACACAGUAAUAAGCUGCACAAGACAACCACAAACCAUCCACACACACACACACACACACACACACACACACACACACACACACACACACACACACACACACACACACACACACACACCAAGCAGCUAUUCAUGCUCCUGUUGUUUGUCAGUAGAGUUGAGUUGAGAGGGACUAUUUGUGUCCGGCCGGCUGUGGUGUGUGGGUGAUUCUCCGAUAUGUAAAUCUGUGUGUGUAUUUCCCUCUCCAACUGUCCAUUUGCCUUUGUAAUUAGGAUGCGGGACUGUUGUUUUAGUCAAGGAUCAGACUGAUCUUCACAGCAUAAAUUACCCACAGUUCUACAGUAAUGACUGUGUCCAGCGCUGGGUUGUGUAUGCUCCGCAGGGUCACAUUGUUAAGGUAAUGCCCAAAUCUGCUGAAUUCAAACUACACUUUUAAACACAACUUUCCAUAUAGAGCUAAUCACUGUGUUGUUUCUAAGCUGGACUUUGAUGAUUUUUACCUGGAGGAGUCAGACAGGUGCUUGUAUGACUCGCUGACUGUGCUGGGAGACGUUGAGGGGUCAGAUAAGAUAGGUAGGAUGGAUCAAUUAAAUAACUUCACCUCCAAAGGUUUAAUAAACCUCUUCCUUUCUAUCCUGCUUUGAUUGUGUCUGAUAUCUUGAUUGUCUUCUAUCCAUGUCCAUUUAUUGUCUGAUUUAUAAACACUGCACCAGAGUCCUGAAUCAGAGGUUUAUAUUGUUGUGUUUUGUAUAGUGGUGCUAUGUGGUGGCAGUGUUCCUCCUCCUGUCCUGUCCUACAACAGCGUCAUGGUGCUUCACUUCAAGUCAGACAGCAGCAUCACACAUAGGGGCUUCAGAGCUACACUGACAUUUAUCAGCUAUGCAGGUACUGUAUGUCUCGAGGUUGUGGGUUUUUAAAGCCUUGCACACACCAAAAGAUUUUUAGUAUCUUUACUAAUUUUAAAACUGUCAUGACCACAAUGAUGAUUUCACAGUUUUGUUCUUAUUGCUUUUCGUUCACAACGAUGUGGUGAACACUGUACACAACUAUACACUUGAAGACUCUUUUUCACCAGCAGCCGGGGUCCUGACUCUCAUAAUGGGAAAUCUCGUGAAAUCUCUCAUGGUCAAAUGGGAUUGUGGAGUAGAAAACAUGACAGACUUGAAAAGCUAACCAGUGUCAGCUGCAAAACCUUCUGCUCCUCACAGUUAAUUAGUGAAUGAGUUAAGUUGUGUUUUAUCGAACAAGUUGUGUCAACACUCAUACAUUAACAAAUGGGUUCUGAAUUUUGGACGUCAGUCUCAGUUUAUGCUUAGAGAGUUUACUAUGGUUGCCAUGGUAGCUUUUGUUGUGCUUCCUUCUUCAGUUGGCCAUCAAGUUGUUCCACGUGACAAUGGGCAGAGUUCAUGAUUGGUUGACCUUGGGGAACCCCCACAAAUAGUUCUGAAAAUCAAUAUUAAACAUUUUUACUACUAACAAUCCCAUUCGUCUUCUGCACAGAAAUAAUCACUCUUGACCCACCUCACACCACAGGAUCAUCCGUCAAGAUAAUCUUUUAAAUAAUCUGAGAAUUUAGCCUUUGCUGACUUUUGUCAGGAGAGAAAUUGACAAGCUUCUCCUAUAGUGUGUGUUUCUCUAAGCAACUGUAAAUAAACAGAGGAAGUCUUCAGAAAAAUGCAUUGGGUGACACUUUUGUAGUUUCUUUGUGAACUGGUCCAUAAAUGGGUCUGUUUCUCUGUAUGAGACAAACCAUUUUGUGAAAUAUACAUUUUCGGGGAGCCAAAGAGCAUGAACACAUUUGUUCAAUCUUUUCUGGCCUCAAUAACACAGAGAUUUUCCAAGUUGUUGGAAAAUGCUUAAAAAGGCAUCAGUCUUUAUCACUGUGGUUGAAGAAUUGAUCCCUUCUCCCACUAUAAUUUGGUGCAUGUUGUUUCCCCUCUCUCUUCCCCAUAUGCCCUGUCUCUCUCAGACUUAAAAAAAUUAAGGCAAAAAGUCCCAAAAAGUGAUCUUUCAAAAAAUAAUACAAAAACUGAAAACAACAACGGUGUAAGGGACCUCACCUGAACUCUUGAUUAUCUCUCAAUGGGUAACAUAAGGGAUCAGGAUGUGGAGAUAUUGUCACAUUUGGAAGUAAAUAAAGAUAGAGAACCUAAAAUGCAGACUAAAAAAGUUAAAAUUUAACCAAAAGACCACAAAGUCCAUCAAAAGAGUUCACCCAACACCAGAGACCCACUCAAAAAUCACGAGGAAGUAGAACUAGAGUUGACACCAACAUAUGAAAAUGUGAAAAUAAAGAACAGGAAGUACUGAAAGCUAAACUCUGAGUAAUGAUGAAUUUGAAUUCAAACCCCUGUGAGGAACCUAGGGCCUAUAUCAGUUUUGGCACCCCCUGUGGACAAAGCAGUCUUUUCUUGCCUUGUCUUCUACACACUAAAGCAGACUUUUGACACAAAACAUCAACACAAACUGAGAUGUGACAAACAUACAGAAGAAAUCUUUUGAUUUUUUUUUUUAAUCUGUUAUCUGCAGACCUUCAUCACCCUGAUGUUACAGCUGUAGAGAGUGACAGAGCUGGUCCCAGAGCUGAAGAUAAUUUAGGAGCUAACCAGCAACCUGUUUCAUCUUCUGGUAGGUGGUUUGUCUGAUAUCUGCUUUCUCUUCUUCCUUUGUGCAUUUUAAUGUGUUGACUUAAGGUUAGUGGUUUUUGCAAGACGGCAGCAAGCACUGAGAAAUCUGGAGUUCACAUGAACGUUAUGUAAGCGCAGAAAGAAAAUAAGUAACUAUCCUCACCUUGAGUUUUCCUUAAACAUGGCCCUGGCAAUUCAACUGCUGAGGAUUAUGAGCACAGCCAGCCAGUGUUGUCACAGGCCCAACAAAGCACCGAGCACCACAGGUAUUUAGAGUGGCAAUGGGACAUUUAGCACUUGAAGUAAAGCUGAAACGUUUAGAGAAGGUUGACUCACAACUUAGAGAUAAAACUUGGAACCAUAACCUAAAACUGUGAGAUGAUUUACAUUGUUUUCAAUCCAACCAAAGCAGCUCUUUAAAUGAGGAACACGACUGAACAGAAGUAUAGUUCAGUCCAUGGGGGAAGUCUCACUUCUGUAACACAUUGUAGACUUAUUAGGUUGUGUAAUCGCCUCCUUUCUUUCUCAGCUGCUACAAAAAUAAAAUUAGGGCUUCAGUUAUGAGAACAAGACAUACAAAAAAUAGAAAAGUUCAGCUUUCUGUUGGAUAACUCGAGGGAAUCCCAUAUGAAUUAUUAAGUAUAUCUUGGGCUAUAUACAUUUUUGCUGUUUUUGUAGGGAGUUACAUAAGAGGAGUGAUGUAAGGAGUGAGAGAAUGAGAACUAGUCGGAAAGGUUGGCCUCGCCUAUUUAGAAUCUAAAUCAACUGGCAAAUCAUAGAUUUUGUGGUAGCUACUCUGAGAGAAUUAGUAGGUGUAGACAACCUCUCACUGACGCUCAAACUCCAGGGAUUACUUCAAAAGCCAAACACAGCUGGAAACAAGAGUGGAAGCAUGCAUUAUUUCAACACUUUUUGUGGGAAUCACCUAAAAGAAACUAAGAGUAUUAGCAAAGUGAUGAAGACUACAUUGGAGCAAAGUUUUUUUUUAUUCCCCUCCCUGUAUAUAAUCAUUAUUCAAGGUUACAGAUCCAAGAGUGGCAUGAAACUUCUUAUUUAACUCUUGCAAGAGUUAAGUGUCAUAUCUUCAAAAAAUAUAAGACCAAUUUCCAAACAUCCACAACUGUAAGUGACCAUUUUUUGCUGAUUAAGGCACAAAUAAAAAGGUUUAUACACACUUACAUGGACACUCACGCACAUGCACGCGCAUUGAAAACACUUGAUAAUGACACAGAGGAAUUCACCUGUCCACUUUGACACUGUUCAGGGUGUUGCUGCUUGUCUUGCCAGUGAUGACUAAAAGUCCUGAAAAACAUGAGAAACAGGUUGAUAUUACUCUCUCUCUCUUUGUAUCUCUCUCUCUCUCUCUCUCCCUCUCUCUCUUUGUAUCUCUAUCUCUCUCUCUCUCUGUGCAAUAUCUGAGCAUGUGUAUGCAUGUUUUUGUGGUUUUGUGCUCCAGAAACAAGACAAGUGUUGUGUCCUCCAGUACUUGUGAUUAACUCUGCAUGAAAAUUUCUCUUGAGCACUUGUUAUCUGUUAUUUUACACUCAUUCGUCUCUCUUUCCUGUUAUUUUUGAGACUGUGAACUCUAUUGUCUCUUCUUCUUCUAUUCAACCCUUGUCAUUUGGUUUAUUUUUACCCUUUAUUUUCAACCUCCUGUUGUUAACCUGCCCACCUGCUGAUGCCUUUUCGUGUGUGUGUGUGUGUGUGUGUGUGUGUGUGUGUGUGUGUGUGUGUGUGUGUCUCCUGGGUUCUCCCUCACCAUACCAGUUCUCUUUGUGUGGUGAUGCUGCAGCUAACGCACAUGGGAGCAAUUUGCCUAAAUGGUUUUCUUCCAGGAAGCCUUUCCUUCUGAGAUUGCUGUCAGUAUCCUAUUUAACACUUAAGUCAGUUCUGAUGUAUAGUUCUGUAAACUUUGACCUUCUUUUACAUUACAAACUUGUGUCGAUGUCUGUAGUUGGGUUGGUGAGUUUUCUAAAUAUUUUUUUUUCCAUACAAUGUUGGCAUUACAUAUUUGAAACUGAUUCAAUCCACCGUUAUCGGACACUCAAUACCUAAGCAAGCAGACAGAACAUAGUAACAAUGCAUUUAUAAUGAGCACACUGAAACAAGAGCAGGGCCAAAAAAGAACAAAAACAUUGGUUUUCAGUUUUCCCAGCCUGUCAAAAGCCAGUGAACACAACACAGGGGACAUCAAGCACUCAAAGAUUGAUAUCACAUGAUAUAGCAACAUGCACUGUAUUAUGGCCACACAGCUAAUGUGUUUUCCACAAACAUGGCACGAGUUCACCCUGCAGCUCUCCUUGGCAUUUCUCAAAUGAUAAUGGAUUGAAUAAUUAUCUCAUAAUUAAGAUUUAGAUUUCCACUCAACUAGGAGUCCGGUUUCAUGUUAGGAUGCAACAGUCCUCUUAACUUUGACCACUAACAUCAGCACCUACAUCGAGAGAGAUGGAGUCUGUACAUUUUUUUUUUCAUAAUAUGAAAGCAAAGCAAUAAUGAAACAACUUUUCAUUUGAUGUCAGCAGAAAACAUUAGCUCAACGAAAGUUAGUGGUGUAUAUAUUUGGGUACAUGGCGCCCCCUGGUGGCACCUUAUAGAAAGUAAAAAUAACGUGAAAAGCUGAAGACUAACAUUUAAAAUGAAUCUUUUAUAUAUUUUAAAAGGUUGCAUACAUAAUAUUCAUUUUGCAGAUAAUCAGAAUAUACUAGUGUUUGCAUGAGGUAUUCAUUCUGACUGGAAUGUUCUAAGUCUUAAUGAUGCUGAUUUAAGACAACUUGGAAGUGACCACAGCUGAUAAAAAACAACAUUUAUGAUGACUGCAGUCCAUUUAAUUGAGGCACUUACUCUGCUUGCUGCACAUGGGCAGUUAUGAUGGACAGGGUUGUAUUCAUUUCUGCCUGUCCUUACAUAUCAGGAUGUCUCCUGAGAGGGUUUCUUUGUGACCCUGACUGACAGGAGAAAUAAUAUUCUGUCAGUGUGUAAAGCGAUCACACCUGUUUUUAAAGGCUUCGACAAAAAUAUCUGGUUGCUGCCUUCAUGAACUGUUGUUUUUCCAAUAAAGUAAUAUGAAAUAUCCUGUUCAUGAGGGUCAAACAUUCACAUAGGAAGUAGAUCUUGUAUUGUUCAGCCAUCUGUGGCUCACCACAAACCAACUCCAAUGAAGCAGCAAGAAAUUAGUGCUCUGCUCAAGGGUGCUUUAAGCUGUUAGACAGGACAGUGGUAUUGAUAAAUGUUGAUUGACUCUGGAUCUCUCUCUUGCCUUAAUUUCUAACAAAUGUUGCAAACAUGGUCAUAGUGGACCAGUUUGGAGCACAAAAUGAGAUCAGCCUGAUCAGUUGGUUUUCUUUUGGUAUCUGCAAUAUAAGUUCAGAAAACAUAAAGCACAAGACACAACCGUUACAGCAUGUAACAGAUGGAAUCAGGGAGUGACACUUCAGACAUGAAAGCUUAACUCAAACAAAGUUAUACACUCAUGUUUCAGAAAACCUAAGGGCACAUUUCAGAAAAAUUGAAAGAAAAUAAAUCCAACAUUCAGGGUUGAAACGUGUUUGAGAUGCACAACUCUAAUGCAUCAUAAUAAAAGCAAAGGUUAUUUGAAAAGAAAAUAACGGUCAAUAUCCUGCCUUACCUUUGAAAUCCAGUCCAGCCCUUUGCACAGUUUUUCGUCUAUAACUGAACACGGCUCUGUUUGAUCCAGAUGUGCAGCAACCCAGCAGCAGAGCCCUCUCCCACCAUGGAUAUAUAAACCAGGAGACAUCAAAUGAUCCCAGACCUCUCACAGACAUGGGUCUGGAUGAUGAAGACUACGUAGGAGAGUCCUCAGGAACUGUGUUUUAAACAAUGGUGAAGAUAUUAGGGUUAGUGUAUACAUACAUACAUAUAUAUAUAUAUAUAUAUAUAUAUAUAUGUGUGUGUGUGUGUGUGUGUGUGUGUGUGUGUGUGUGUAAUAACACGAGUGCAGUCAGCUGAAAUAUUUUUUUCUUUGAGUGAGUAGUUUUUUGUGUUUGUUUGUUUGUUGGUACUUAAAAAAGAUUUUGUUACAAAAUGCCCUCCAUGAAAAUAAAUAUGUCUUUAUAUUUACCAGACAGAUUUCAAUUAAAUUUUGAGGAUAACUAUUCAUGAUGUUCAUGGUUCAUAGAGACACUUUACAUUAUGACAGUCAGAACCACAAAUGAAGUAUUGUAUCUCGAUGCAUUGUGCCAGUAUCCUUUCAGAGUUGUUCUUACUUUUACAACUGUUAACUUUUUUCUUGACCACAUGUGUGUAUAUUUAUAUUUAACCUAAUUAGAAUGUGUUAUAUACCCAGAAUCCUUUCUGUUUAUAAUUUAUACCCCUUCAUCUACAAAAGUAGUUGAAAAAAGUUUGUUGACAGGGAUCACAUAUCACUACUUCACACCGUUUACAGAAAGAGGACCUCCUCAUAAAAAAUAAAAGAAUACUUUUCUCUUGAGAAAUACUGUGAUGUACUGUGAUUUGCAACACUCAAACACUCAACACUCAGUUGUGAAUCAGGCUAUGAUUUAUACUGACACCUCUUUGUGUCCUACAAAAGGUAACAGUCCCAACAGUGAUAAGACAGGUGAAUCUAUAAAGCCUUUUUAAUGCCUGCCACUGAUGCUACAGAUAAAGGAAGUGAAGUGAGUCACAACAUGCUGAGGAAAAAACUUUAGGUGAGAGUUUCUUAAAGAGAGAUUCACAGAGAAUGAUGUCUUUGACCGUUGAAAACGCAAUUUCUCAUCAGAAAACCAGACUAUGAAAUCUGUAAGUAAGAUCAGGAAAGAGACACAUGUUCAUACUUUCCACCAGAUGUGCAAAAAUAGAGCAAACCUGCAGUCCCAUGCAGUACAUUCAAGUACCUCUGGCAUGAACAGAAGGUUUAAACUGAUGGUGAAAAACCUUUCUGAAACCUAUGUAACUUCAUAGGUUCUUAUUUGUACUUUAUCAUGGGUUUAACAGUAACUUGUAAUGAUUUUUAGGUGGCAAUUUAUUUAAAUAGUAAAUCAUUGUCCAAGUCAGAACUCAGAACUCUCUUUCUUUUCUUCCUCAUGGUAGUCAAAGUUGUUGGUGACUUGAAAACUGACUUUUUAUUUAACUGUAAUUGAGAUAUUCUGUUUUAAAGACACAAAUAUUUCCACUUUUCCACUGCUAUCAUUUGUCUUUCAUGGGAAUCCCAGCACCUCCAGUCUUUGUUACGUAAUCUGUGUGCUGUUGUAACUCCCCUCCCCUCAGUGGUGUGAUGACAGUGCUGUGCUGCUCACUGCCCUAAUACAACCUCCACACUAUGUAGUGUCAUGGCAGGAUCUGUCUUUCUAUUGGUGCCUCAGACCUUCUGUCCCCUUCCCCCUAGCUGCUGGCCACACCCCAGUUUGAGGCCCUGAAUGAGUAUUCUGUGUGUGUGUGUGUGUGUGUGUGUGUGUGUGUGUGUGUGUGUGUGUGUGUGUGUGUGAGUAUGUAGGUAGGUGUGUAAAAUAGUGAGAGAGAGAAAGACUGCGUGUGUGUGUGGACUCUGGUCUCUCAGGUUGUGGUAGAAGACGGAUAUCGACAAAUUCUGUUACAUGUUACAGAUAUGGAUCAGAGCUUGGUAAGAAUGAACUUUCCCGUUACUUUCCAAUUUAUUUUUUGACUUUAUUUACUUUGAAUGAAUUAAGAUUCACUUUACUUUUUUUCCUGUAGUUCAAAUGUCCCAUAGUGUGCUCCGUCAACAAUAAUUCCUGCAAGUUUUGGAGCUGUAUAUAUGUAUAUGUGGUCUUUGUGUUACAGCUGAUUCCUCUGCUGGUGGCUGUUUCUGUAGUGGUUGGAUCAGUACUGUACUUCCUGCUUGGAGGCUCUACAGGAGAGAAGAAGAAGAAACUGCCUGUCACUCUGCAGGAUCCUUCAGUCAAAUAUUCUCUCCCCCUCAUACACAAACAGGUAGAGAGCACGAGGACACACGAACAAAUACUGCGCUGUUUUGCAGGCUUAUAGACAUGUUUACCUUCACUGCACAGAAGCUCAUUGUAUUCUGUUAUUCUUCAACAUGGUUUUUCUUGUUUUAAAAUUUGGUUCACUCAGACUUGUUUUACUACAUACUUGCCCAUCUAUUGUUGUUGUCCUGAGCAUUCCAAGCAUUUCUGGAGGUGCACUGAUUUUAGAAUUUUUGGUUAUAAAAAGUUGAAAAUUCAAGCAUUGUAGUCUUUAAAUUCUUACUGUAAUUUUUAAAUGACUUUUAACAUCAAUUAAAUUACAACAUUGGUUUGUCGGUGUAUUUUAACUGUUUGAAUAUCUUUAGUAAUGAUGAAGUUUAGUCUUGAUGUUGGUUUUAGCUUUUUUUAAUAUGGUUUAUUUGUCAGGGGUGAGACCUAGAAUGUAUUGUGCACUAAAAGAUCAGGACAACAGAGCAUUAAAAAUGUUUUCAAAUACGAAAGAUCAAAUAUAAAACAAUUACAACGGCUUAUGAAGGAGAAACCAUAGGGGAUGUGUUUUGGCCAGUGUGCCAUACUUUAUGUUUGAAAUAAUGUGACGAAUAUAAUAGUAUUUUCCUCAACAUUGUAUUUCAUUUUAAUGUGUUUUGUAAAUCCACAUUACAGUAUCAUCAUUUCUUUAUAAGCCCAUGUUUUUAUUUUCAUUUCAGUUUAAAAUUAAAAGAAAAAUUUAGUUUCCACCACAUAUUUCUUUUUAAGGAUCACUGUUGCAUGUUUUGAGAGAAAACCAGAAAGAGUGAAGUUUGUAACAUACUUUUACCCUCAUGUACACAUGUGCACAUCAUAUCUAGUUUAAAAUUUUCCCCAUCUUGACAAUCAGUGUUAAAUAUACUUUAUAAUAAAGACUGGGUUGUAGAAAUAACUUUUAAUUGUUCAUUUUGUAAGCUGUAACAUUUUCUGUUUGACUCAUUGAGUGUGUGCUUUUUUUUUCUUUGCACAGGAAAUCAGCCAUGACACAAAGAAAUUUCGGUUUGGCCUUCCAUCUUCUAAUAACAUCCUCGGACUUCCAGUCGGUACUGAAACACCUUCCUCUCUAUAUCUUAUUUCUUGGAUAUGAUUCUCUUCUAUGAGUAAGACUUCCUGCCAGAGCUGUAGUUUUUUUGUGUAGAAGUAACCUGGAGAGAACUACACACUCUCCGGUGGGAGUAUAGCUGUUGCUCUGCAUGACUCCGUGACUCAUGAAUCCUCAGUAAUUAGGCCCUGUGUUGACCUGACUUGCCCCUUGAUUCUUGGGAUCAUGCAGUGACAAUAAACAAGAGUUCAAGAUAAGAUUACUCACUCUGCUUGCCAUAAAGCUAUUCGCUGACUGCUAUAUUCACUGUUAUGUAGGUAAAAAGCAGAUGAUAAAAAGUCCUGAAUUUCAAAUAUUUCACAUGCUGGUUUGUCAGAAAUUCAAAUCCAUCACCUGACCCAUCCUCACUGCUCAUCCUCGUGUCCCUACACCAGGACAGCAUGUGUACCUGUCUGCUAAGGUGAAUGGCAGUCUGGUGGUCAGAGCAUACACUCCAGUCUCCUGUGAUGAUGACCAGGGCUAUGUGGACCUUGUGGUUAAGGUAAUAAGGCAGUAGCAAUUAACAAUAAAUGUGUGUUGCUUGUCGGUAAAUGGAUUAUGUUUCUUUAGCACUUUUCUUGUCCCAGUCACCACUCAAAGCACUUUUACUUUUUUUUUGUUUUAAAGGGCGUAAGGCUCAGUUUGUAUUCUGCAUUCAGAAAGAUUUAUUUUAAGCUUUACAGACUACAAAAAAGUUAUUUAAAUCAAAUAAUAUCUCCUUGAUAAAAAGUUAUGUGGCCCACUUUCUGAUAGGAUAUCAGACCAGCAGUAAUAAAAUGAAAUAAGUAAUGAAUAAACCAAACAUGGACCAGGGUCUGGUCCAUACUUUGUCCAAACUACUGAAGGACUUGCAGAUUUAAAGGCAAAUAGGUGCCAAAGUCGAAGAAGAAACAUACCAGCCAGAGUUUAAAAUCCAUAACACACGUUCUGCAGUGGAACACCAGAAUAUGAUGCUUUGAUUGAGAUUAAAUGUUGAUCCAUAUGUAUUUAAGCUAUCGUUUGCUAAUAUCAGCAAUAUUCUGUACUUCACUCUUUUAAAAAGGCGAUGUCAUGAGCCAAUUUCAUGUUUCACAAAUAAGAGACAAAAGUUUCCAUAUAAUUCCAGGUGUACUACAAAAACACCCACCCGUCCUUCCCAGAAGGAGGGAAGAUGUCUCAACACCUGGAUAAUAUGACUAUUGGAGACACCAUUGACUUCAGAGGACCAAAUGGACUGCUAAUCUACAAGGGGAAAGGUAUGAUCUGCUUGUGGACCCAGAACUAAAGACAGACUACUUCCAGCAGAUGUCACUGUGCUACAAUGUAAGACUGGCUGGACAGGGUUGGUUGUUAAAAAACCAAAGUGCAACUGACUCUCUUCUCAUCAGGCCAGUUUUCAAUCCGACCAGACAAGAAGUCGGAGCCUAACACUCGGAAGUUCAGGCACGUUGGGAUGAUCGCCGGAGGAACAGGUUCUGUAACUUACUUUUUUAAUCAGAUUUUUGAUACAUUCAUGCAUGUUCUCUGGUUUUAAUAUCCUGCAAAUAUAAGUUGGAAAACAUGGUUUUAUGUUUGUUUUAAACAUGAAGUGCUCAAAGUUUUCUCUAUUACAACCAUAUGCUGCAUAUAGUUACACACAGAUAAUACCCAGAGCUUCUGUGACUGUUGGCUGAUAUUUUUUUCUGCUGCCGUAUUAUUUAUACAUAUUUUUUGUUGCAGCUAAUUUCCUGUGAUACUCUGUUAGUGCAGAUUCAUUCUCCUGGACCAUGCUUGAUGCUUUUUAAAAUCAUUAUUACAGGUAUCACUCCAAUGCUGCAGUUGAUCCGCAGCAUAACAGCAGACCCCUCUGACAACACCAAGUGCUCACUCAUAUUUGCCAACCAGGUGAAGUUUUGUGCGAUACAUCAGGGAAAUCUUUCUUUAAUAGUUAUUGUUGAGGUGAAUCUCCCUUAGGAAAUAAAAUCCUUUGUGCUAAUGUCCUCUUAGACUGAGAAAGACAUCCUGCUAAGGGAGGAGCUGGAGGAGGUGCAGAAGAACCAUCCUGACAAAGUUCAACUCUGGUUCACGCUGGACAAACCUCCUCAGGGUAAGGGACAUACUUUGACAACUUAAAAAUGCUUGUUGGUGUUAUUUGGGUUAAAAAUUAAAAUACAGCUAGAUUUAACAAAUCACUUAAACUGUGUAAAGACAUGACCAACAGCUAGAAGGUCAACUCUGUUAAGUAUCUAGCAGCUCCGGCAGCUGAGGCAGAACGUUGGUCCAACACUCAUCAAGCUGUAAGAAAAUAAAACUGAAAAAUAAUUAAUGUCUUUGCUGCUGCCAGUAAAAAAAGAAGAUAAGGCCUACUUCAAUCUAAGCUACUGUGAGGAGUUUUUGCAUGGUUAAACAAACUGAAAUUAACAGAGAUGCCAUUAUAUGAGCCACAAAAGCAUAAACUAACACCAGCUAAAGAGAUUUAUUGUCCUUUGUUGCACUUUAAACCACUGCAACCUCAUAUGUGUCAGUACACACAUGCACAGGGUGAGAUGAGUGAAGGAGUAAGAUAUGUUACUUUGUUCUUAAGGAAGCCAAAAAUAAGACAAAGAUUUUGUCAGAGAAGAUCAAGACACCACCAUGUUCACAAACUACAUGAAAACAGCAUGAAGCAGAGGUAUAUGGGACACAGACUCUGGGAAUUAAACUUAUAUUUGGUCAGGAAACCCUGGCUAGGGUUUUAUUCCCCCUGCCUCCCAGUGCUGUUAUUAAAAAUGUUUGUUUGUUAUUUACUGCCACUCCUUAUUUUGCAAAUUAUUACCUCAUUAUAUCAGAAUUAUGCUCACUUGUCUUUUCUUUAACAUGCAGAAGAAACUUUGACCAACACCUUGUUUUACCAUACAGUACAACAUAUUCAGUGUGUGUAGUGUUAGUGCAGAACCAGGCCAUGUGGAGCUGAGUAAAUCAGUCUCAAUACCCAGUUCUUUGAAUCCCUGCUAAAUAUUCAGAGUAUGACACCAAACAAAGACUCCUCAGCUGAAGAAAAAUCCCUGCAGGCUGAAGAAAGAGAUACUUCCAACAAGGUGUUACAGUAGCUUAGCAAAACGCUCAAGUCGUCCUUUGCAUAAUCCUUAAAGCAUGUAGAAAUUAAUGAGCAUAAUAUUGUAACAUAAUCUCUCUUGCAAAGGCCUUGAAUGCUGCUUGUAUUCUGUCCUGUAUGUCAUUAGUGCCAUAAAAAACAGAAACACAUCAGCCUUUCAUCCUCAUUUAAAGAAGUCCUCUCACUGUUUGUUAUUUCUGUCGAUGCCUUAACAAUAUUUAACAGUGGAUGAAAGGUUCAGUUAAAAAGUUUUCCAAGAUUUUUUUAAUAUUGUAAUUUGGAUUUGUUGGUUUAUGUAGAUAGAGGGAUCAAAUCCUUAUUAGGCUCUGCUCACCCUGUAUCAUUGGGCAUUAUCCUGCUAAAGCAUUAAGGAUAGAAAAUUAUUAAGGACAUGAUAGAUGCCUCUCCAGUGUUCAGGCCUUACACUUCUUUUUACCCCCCUUUUCUUGCUUGGGCUGAUGGGUAAAAUUUGACCAUUAUGCAGGUCCUCCAGCAUGAUAGAAACUCUGUCAAACAAUACUAUAAAUAUAGAAAAAAGCUGUUGUUUGAAAGGAUCAGCCUAUUACGAAAUCCAUUUCUCUGAAACUGAUGACCUCUUGUUCUCUCUUGCCUUAUUUUCUAGACUGGAGCUACAGUUCUGGGUUUGUAACCCAUGAUAUGAUCAAGGACCACCUCCCAGCACCGUCCAAUGACGUCCUUGUUGUCUUAUGUGGUCCCCCACCCAUGAUCCAGUAUGCCUGUCUGCCAAAUCUGGACAAACUGGGACACAAAACAGACAACAUUUUUGCAUACUAG